AUGUCACGAAAAGAGCCAGUAAAACCAGUAAACGAUCUAAUUCGAUUUUGGAAUCAAACAGCAAAUGGAUCAAAUGACGGACCAAAGAGUCCGCCAUUGCGGCAGCAAACAAUGCCGAAUGAACAUCCGACUGGUGUAAGGCAGGGACCGCUUGGAAGACGAUCUACGACACCAUUACAAACCGAAACGAAUGACAGUCAAACAGCAGAAAAUGCUAGCUCAAGUAAAAAGACAUUCAGUGGUAUGACAACUAGCGCGUCAUUGACCAAUUCCUCUGAUUCAGACAACAGACCGGAAAUGGAACCACCUGGAACGAGCUUUGGAAUAAUUAAUAUACAAACACUAUCAACAAAAACUGACAAAGGACGAAUGAAUUGGAGUUCGCUCCCCCAACCGACAUCAUCAGAUCCACUGUCAUCUCCUUUAGCAGACACUUCACCAGCAAUAGCAGCACUCGAGAAGAUACGAGAUUCUACCUCACCUGCGACCACAGGCCAACAGGAUUCUUCAACCCCUUUAGCUUCUGCUCCUUUACACUCAACACCACCAGCAAAGGAAAAGACUGAUUUGUUCACACGGAGACAAUCAGUUGGACAAUCUAAUGUCCGUGGACCACGACCACAAACAAAUCGAUUCAGUAAGUUGAUUACGAAAUUUAAGAGUGCGACUGAUUCGAGUGUUACAUCGCCCAAAUCACCAGAUUGGACCUCACCGAUUGGAGAACAGAGAACGCAUGAGCUUGUAUCGCCAACUAGUCCCAUCUCGAUUGGAUCGUUUGAAGAGACGGUGACUAGGGCGUUUUCUAGUGAUGGAGCCUUUUCUCCUCCGCUCUCUCCUCCUGGUGUUCGUGGUUAUACUGACGAAAGAAGGAAAACGUCGAAAUAUAUUUUCGACAAAGAGCUGCCGCCCCCACCUCCACACGCUCAGAUCGACUCGAACCGAUUUCGGUCAUCAACAUCAACCGGGAAUCGUGGUGUCACUUUCUUUGGUGAAGCAUUGCAGCCUACAUCCUUUACCUCACCUUUUGCAGAUGCACAUGAUUCUGAAUUGGAUUCUAAUCCCUUGCGAUUUAAACACAACUCGGAUUUUGUCACCAGAGAUUCUAAUCAAAGGGGGAAGGCAGAUGUGUAUUAUUCUUCGAUACGUCCUCCCUCCCAGACACUACGGUCUCCGGAGAAAGCAAAGUCAAACCCAUUCAGGCUCUCGUUCUACAAGGAUAAUGACGUGUUUGGUUCAAAUGAUGAUGACGAUGUUGCAAGUUCACGAAGAGUGAGUGCUGACCCGUUUAAUAAUUAUGCGAAAAUAGAUGAUAGUGAAUUUUAUAAAGUAAUUGUCGGGCCAAAGGGAACUGAUUCAGCUAGGACGUCUGCACAAGUGACAAAUUCUCUAAUGCUUGAGAUGAAUGAUCUUAAUUUUGGGACUAGGGAUUUUGAAAAAAGUCUUGCAAGUACUAGUCAGUUCAAUAAAACGAAUGAAGAAGACAUAGCGGUGGAUAAUACUAAAACAGGAGCAACUCGUAAUAAAUCAGCAAAACAUAGAUCUAUGUCUGGUUUACCGAAGUCAAACAAUCGCAAGAAAGAGAAUAGGUAUACUUUCUUUCCCUUCCGUAAUACUGACUCUGAUGAGAGGGAAAACUCAAAGAAUGGCAACGAUAAGAAUGGUUGGUUUAAUCUUCGAAUUCCAAGUCGUGCAGCAUUGUCGCCCUCUAAUGCGCUAAAGAGCGAUAGACAUUUAGCACGAUCGGCAUUAUUUAGUAAUCACGAUCACGAUCUGCCUGAAUAUAUUGACACCAAAUCUAAAUUUUCGCUACUCGUUCCGCAUAGUCUGUCAUCUACAGAAUAUAGGAAGGCUAACCAUUCUUUGCCUGACUUUACUGCCAGACAUAAGCAGCGAGUAUUUACUGAAGCUUAUAAAAAAUACAAUCAGUCAGUUCCUCAUCUUGCCCGAAUUGACGUGUCCGGGAUAUAUGAAUCUAGUAGAGCUGACGCCAACUCAAUUACCGGUGAAGAUGUUGAUAUGGAGAAGAUCACGACAUUCAGUAUUAAUCCGUAUGGCGAAUCUGAAAAUGAGCUAUUUAAACCUGGAGCGCCAUGGAUACAUCUGCCUCGUUUAGAUGGAUUUAUAAAGGCACUUCCAAAGACAGAAUUCUCUGACCCGAAAGAAAUAAUGACUGAUGAGGAAUAUCAUUACUUUUCAAACCAACCAAAAUUACACUGCAGUGAUAUGUUCCCGCCGAUGAAUCUGUUACCCGAUGGGGUGGCCCUAGAAGAUCUUAAGCAAAACAUUACAAAAGCCAGCAAAGUUGGUGCGCAGGCAAGACAAAAUGACAUUGUUGAAAUGGCGGUCGAUGGUAUUCUUGCUGCUGAGGGUUCGGCGUAUGGCAUUAGAUUUAUGCAAGUAGAGAUAAUAAGAGAUCUCUUCCAGUUCCUUGCGUUGGCCUUGGUUUCUAUUGGAGGGAGUUUUGGAAAUUGGCUAUAUACUAUUCUAUUCACGAUACCUAAUUUACUGAGCUUGAACUUGGUAGAUGUAUUUGGGAAUGGCUUUGCAUUCCUGCUGAUGCUCUUUGGCAUUUGUCUUUUUGCACUGUAUUAUUUCCGGCAAAUGACCAAGUGGGAUCCAAAUACUACUAUUGAGGGAUAUGAAUCAAGGGUAUGGAGUCUUCGUCCAGAAUCGAGCCGUCGCGCUAGCAUUGCAAUGGUGUUUGUUAUCACAACUCUCUAUCUUCCGCUCUCAAAACUAUCUUUCGAUGCACUCUUUUGGUCAGCGACGUUUUGGCCUAUUGGAAAUCCUCCUGACCUUGCUCCUCUUGGCCCCUCCGAUAUCUAUCGCGAUCCGUGGGACUUUUGUUACGUUACUAGCAUGAAAAAACGAGAUUUGAACUUUGCUUAUGUUAUCAUUCCAGUAGCACUCGCGAAUUUGCUAGUUUUGACUUUCUGGUUUCCGAUUGCACUAAAGAGGCUUGUUGACAAAAAUCUGCCCAAGGUCGAUAACUUUAAUGAACUCGGAGAAGCUAGACACGACAAAGAAGAGGAAUAUAAGAAGAUGUUGAAACAUGACAAUUGUCCAUACAAUUUCUUAUACAACGGAUAUAGUCGCAAAUGGGGUGCUUAUAAGACCUUCAUAAUGGCACACAAAUUGAUUAAUAUUCUAAUAAUAGUAUUGAUAUCAAAAGACAAUUGCGUUUUUCGCUCUUACUCUGGAACGACGCUUGCAACGAUACGACAGCUUUUACAGAUUGUGCUAAUGGUUCUUCUGCUGGUAAACCAUUGGCGUCAUCAGCCUUUCCUUUAUGAAAGCCAGAACAUUGGUGAAUACUGGUCACGAGCAGGUUAUGUGGUCAUAAGUGUCUUGGGUCUAUUUUUUGUAUUGUCGAUAGGAUCAGCUCAAGUAUCAGGAAUAUUAAUUACGGUGGUCACUUGUGUCGUUACCGUAGUUGUAAUAUUUUAUGUGUUGCAAGAGAAUACCAAGUUCCGUCAUAUCGUAAAAAUAAUGAAGAAAAGAUUAGACUUCUCUAUCAACAUAUAUUCUCCAAAAUUAGAUUUUGAUAAACACAUAAAGAGGAGAAUCUGGCAAGAAACUUGGACAACAUUAUUCCUAACCAGUGAGCAGUUUAAGAUGGAUGAAACUGCAGUAGUUGCAUUUUCGACCAGUCACUACCGUCCGCCAUAUUUGUUAAAUUUCAACGACACGGUAGCUGAGAGGCACAUUGAAAAUCUCAAAAUUAUCCGCCAUAUCGGUAUUCGUCAAUACACUGCCUCGACUGCUCCUCUACCUGGAUCAUUAGCAAAGCUGAGACUACGUAUUGUUGAUGAUUUUGUUGGACCUGAUAUGUACUACUCUCCGGAAAUAAUGAAUCCUGCCUUGAAGACGUAUUUUGGAAAGGCUUAUGUUAUUCCAUUUCCAUUCUCAGUUGUCUUGGUAUAUGACGAAGAUGAAAGUAUUGCCACGUUGACAAGGGAAUGGGAGAUUGAAAGAUACGUUAAGCAAAAUUCAGAUCCAGAGAUUAUAAGGAGGAGGAGGAUUAGAUAUAUGAUACGCGCAUUGGAAGGGAAGCUAGUUCUGGGACCCUGUCCAAAUGACAAAAAGGAAUUUGAGAAGAGCUUGGAAAGUAAUGAAACUCGAGCGAUUUCAAGUUCCCAGCCGGUUCACUAUCAUAGCGGCGUUCUUCAGAUCCGCCGCUGUCGUCGCUCCCGUUGGCAAAAUUAUAACAUGAAUCCUGGCUUCAUAGUCACUAUAUCGUAUAAUGAUGCCGAAUGGCGAGAUUCCGAAGGUAUUCCCCAGACACCACAUGAGUGCACAGUCGGACAUGAAGUCAUUGGAAUCACAGAUGAUUUCCAAUUGACCGCUCAGUUAGAAAAGUUUUUCGCGGAUAAUCUUAAAAUUCUCGAAAAAGGGCUUACACAAAUCGAAGAUUUAAUGUUGAAAUAUCGAGGAUAUUACCGUGAUGAAGGGCGGAGGAAAGAAGAAACAUUGACAUAUGCAUUUUUUGUUAAUGUGUAUGACAAUCCAAAUAUACCACUAGAGUCAAUGCCCGCAUUAUUGAUGACUACGGAGAAUAAUGAGAAGGUUCAGUCUAUACCUGAGAGCGAAUUUCCCACAUUAAUAUAUUUAUAUGAAAAAAUGCGGAUAGUUAAUCUCUCUCGAGUACAUCAGUGGUGGUUUCUAUUCUGGGACGACUUAUGGCGUAAGAAUUCAAACGAGAUUGUUCAGCUACUUCGAAGGCCUCAGGACUUUUCACCUGCGUACCGAACAAGUAUAUGCUAUCGCCCGAUGACUCGCCUGCAAUUGGAAGAAUUUCUCGAGCGACGAGGAUGCUGGCAAAAUGGAGGCAAAAGUGGAUUUCUGCACUCGGGCGUACUGAAUAGAGUAUAUUUGUACUUGAACAAUGUGGUAUUCAAUUGUAAAAACAAGUCUCUGAGUGAGUCAGGAGAUCUAUCCGCGUACCAAAAGGGAGGAAAUGUUGUCCUUGGACGGGUGAAAUGGACAUGGAAGGAGAGAAUGAUGAUGGUGAAAGAUGUAGUGCUAUGGAGGAAAGUGAAUCAUAGAAGUAAGCCGUUCUUUAUCUUACAGGAGAGUGAAUAUAUGGAGAGUGAUGACGAACUGAGUGACAAUAGUGAUGGAUUGAAUUCUGCUAGUGAUGAGGAUAAUUGGUUGUAG